UACGGUACGAACGAAGUCGUCUUGAUGUCCAUGGGGAACUAUAAAGGACUUUCUGCAUGCAUCCCGGAAAAAGACUCCGAUGUUCAGAUCGGCAGGCCAGCGACAUGUGCUGAGUGGACGACCUCCGAAGGUCCCGUCUCUCGCUCCGCCCUCCGUCCACCGUUGUCUGAGCCCGCGGUCCGCAGCCCGGCCGGGAGCCAAGAACUUCGGAUCAACGGACAAGCCAGAUGACGCACCGUGUCAUGCCUG